AUGUCAAUUUACAUUCUAUACUCGACUAUUCUGUAUAGUGAAGGACAGCUUGGGUUGCAUCAUGUGAGCCAACAAAUCGUUCCUACACCUGUUUUGGGAAUGCAAGAAAAACAAAUCAAAAUGAUUACGGGAGGUGUAUUUCACUCUGCAGCAUUGGUGGACGUGAAGGGUCAAGGUCAAGUGCAUGUAUGGGGAUCAAACUACUUUGGACAAGCAGGCUACUUUCCUGAGCUUCAAAGUGCCCUGUUUUCAUCUGACGACGAGGAGGUUAUUUGGGAACCACGAUGGCUACAAGAGAGCUUGCAAAAUGAAAAUGUCGUUUCACUUUCAUGUGGUGAUUUCCACACAAUUGUUUUGACGGAAACGGGCAAAGUACUGACCUGGGGUGCAGGAUUACUUGGUCAUGAUAACGAGUACUUUGAAUCCCGUCCGCAUGUUAUUAAGCGAUUUGAAGGUGUUGAUGGUUUGCAUAUAAAAAGCGUGAAUGCACGCAUGGGUCUUUCGUUUGCUACAGCAUCAUCUAGCUCACAGGAGUCGGCUACAAAAGUUUUUAUUUGGGGCCAUUACGAUUCCCAGAUUACAAACAUGGUUGAAUCCGAUUCAACACAAUCCGUAAUCAGGGUAAAAUCUACCAUUCCUGUUGAAAUUGAUCUCCAAGAUUGCUUGGAUUCUGUUUCUUUGGUCGAGGCAUCACAUCAUUUGGUUGUUGUUCAAGGUACAAAAAAUGGACGCACGACGUAUUUGAUAUAUGGAUCGCAUCCAACUGCUCGCGUCGUAGAUCUAGAACCAACAGAUACUCCAUACUAUGCCAUGCUAGAGAACGUGCCGCUAAAGAAUGAUAAAUUUGCACCCUUGAAGCUAUUACAAAUUAUCCAAGACCCACUGACUUUGGACAAUCAAUUACGACAAAUGUUUAUCAUGAAUAAUCAGAUUGUUGUACUAAGAGAAUCAGGACUGGUUCAUGCUAUUCCCAUGUUCACUGCUUUGGAUGAUAUGAAAAUGACUCUUGCGACUUUCACUGAGCCAAUCACCGCCAUGACUGCAUCACCACUCUCAGCUAUUGCUUUAGGAAAAAGCGGUAAAGUAUAUCAAGCCAACGGAGUGUUUCCACGAAAACCCAAACCCAAAUCUAUUUGGUCGCGGUUGAUUGAUGUCCGGUCUCCUGCCGAAAAAUUAGAGGAAGAGCAAAUCCUUUCACCCAUAUUGCUUGUAGAUGCAUUGAUGAACAAUUCGCCUAGUUUAGUUGGGUGUUAUCCUCACGCAAGGUUGAUUGGAAUGGGCUGGAAACACUAUUUUAUUGCUACAUGA